CUCACCGGAGCUACACGUGGUCUGAGUCCAGAGUAAAAGCAGAGGAGAGAGCUCAGCUCAGCGAGAGGCUUCCAGAGCGACACCAUGUCUCUGUACCGCAACUCCGCCUGGUUCCUGAAGGGAAUGACCGAGUUCACCAGGAAUGCCUUCCUGUCAACCUCCAAGCGGUUUGUAGAGAAGGACCUGGAAGUGUCCGUGGCUGGACGCUCCUUCAUGAUAACUGGAGCCAACAGUGGCAUUGGGAAAGCCACCGCAAUGGCCAUCGCUAAGAAAGGUGGGACGAUCCACAUGGUGUGUAGGAACAAGGACAAGGCUGAGGAGGCGAGGGCUGAUAUUGUAAAGGAGACGGGAAACAAAGAGGUCUAUGUCCACAUCCUGGACCUGUCUGAGACCAAGAAGGUCUGGGAGUUUGCUGAGGCUUUCAAGAGAAAGUACAAGGCCCUAAAUGUGCUGAUCAAUAAUGCAGGCUCCAUCAUGAGUCAGAGGGAUAUGAAUGCUGAGGGCCUUGAGAAGAGCUUUGCUACCAAUGUCCUUGGGGUUUACAUCCUCACCAAGAGUCUCAUUCCUUUGCUGGAGAAGAGUGCAGAUCCCAGAGUGAUCACCGUGUCAUCAGGAGGAAUGUUGGUGCAGAAGCUCAGGACGGGAAACCUGCAGUCUGACAGAGGCCGCUACGAUGGCACUAUGGUCUACGCCCAGCACAAAAGGCAGCAGGUGGUGAUGACAGAGCAGCUGGCAAAGACUCAUACAAACAUCCACUUCUCCGUCAUGCAUCCUGGCUGGGUGGACACUCCAGCGGUGGCCAAUGCCAUGCCAGACUUCCAUCGCUCCAUGAAGGACAGUCUGCGAACCCCAGAGCAGGGGGCUGACACCGUGGUGUGGCUGGCUGUCUCUGAGGCUGCAACCACAAACCCAAGUGGAUGCUUCUAUCAGGACCGCAAGAUGGUGUCCACCCACCUGCCGCUGGCCUGGACCCACAGCUCCCCCCUGGAGGAGCAGAAGUUAAUGUCUCUGCUCGAGGACUUGGCCAAGACAUUCCAGCCACACUGAGACAGCAGGAAACUGGGAACCAGUAAACCACCUGCACUAACAAUAUAAGCUCAUACUGACCACAACUGGACUCCAGAAUGGAUCUGCUUCUGUUUUUCCAAAAGCAUUUGGAGUGUUAGAUGCAGUUUUGGUCACUGGCUUAAAUUGGGACAGAUGGAAACCCAACCAAGCAGACUAAACUCACCUUUAACUGAGGGAUUAGCAAGAUUUGUAAUGGUUUUCUUACUUGUUAGCUCAACUUUAUACGGACUACCACCUCUGUGGCUUAAACCUUUAUUAUGAGUGUUUGAUAGUGAUGCUGCCUUCAGUGAGAUUUCUGAGGAGGUUAUCUCGCUGAUAGAGAGAACACUGUCAUAAACCACACACACACACACACACACACACACACACACACAGACACCCAGUCUGUUACUGUGACUUUAUGAAAGUUGUCAAUCAGAUGGGAAUCUGAUAUGACCCAAGUCACUCACGCAUCCUCCUUUAUUAAUUCAUGAUAACAGCUAUGGGCUCAGUCUGAUGCUAUUGUCUGUAUAAUUUACAAUAGUGCAAAGUUGCUGUUGUGUCUUUAAGAGCAAUGUAAGUAACUCUUUUGUUAUGUUGUAGUGCAGCUACUGUAUUGUGCAGGUUGAGCUCAGGCUGGACAUCAAGUGUUCUCUAUGAGCAGUGUGCCUUAAAUACACCACACAGCAGCAUCACUUGACGUGUGCAAUAAAACCUAUGUAUUUAUUUGCGCAGCACGUUUAAAAAAGGCUUUAACCGUCUGUGACGUUGAUGUGAGCUCGUCCUGUAAAUGCAUGCUUGAAUAAAGAAAUUUACUAAUU